GUGGCUGAGAGACGCGGUGAAGCAACGAGGAUGGCCGGGAGAGGGAUGGGGCUGGUUUCUGGGCGGCGCCAAAUCUGUGAGGGGGCGCGGUCACCGCCGAGGCUUCCCGAGGACGUGAAGGCGGCCACGUCUUGCUCCACCCGGGUGAAGAAGUUGCCCCGGUGUGUCGUCCUCAGCGGCUCCAGACAUGUCCGAGGUGAAGAACCGAAAGAAGUCGGGGCCCAAGGGUGCCCCCGCAGAGCCCGGGAAACGAAGCGAGGGCGGGAAGAGCCCCGAGGCCCGGGGCGGCGGAGGCGGGGGCUGGGCGGACCCUCGGACGGGCCUGAGCCUGCUGUCGCUGGGGACGUGCCUGGGCCUAGCCUGGUUUGUAUUUCAGCAGUCGGAAAAGUUUGCAAAAGUGGAAAACCAAUACCAGUUACUGAAAAUAGGAACUGACGAGUUCCAAGGACUUCAAAGUAAAAUCAGUUUAAUUUCAGAAAAGUGUCAGAAAUCUGAAGCUAUCAUGGAACAAUUGAAGUCUUUUCAAAUAAUUGCUCAUCUAAAGCAUCUACAGGAGGAAAUUUAUGAGGUAAAAACCCGGUCCAACAGGAUAACUGAAAAACAGGAUGUAUUGAACAACAAUUUAACAACUCUUUCUCAAGACAUUACAAAAGUAGACCGAAGUACAACUUCCAUGGCAAAAGAUGCUGGUCUCAAGAUUACAACUGUAAAAACAGAUAUACGACGUAUUUCAGGUUUAGUAAGUGAUGUAACAUCAUUGACAGAUUCUGUGCAAGAACUAGAAAAUAAAAUAGAAAAAGUAGAAAAAAAUACGGUAAAAAACAUAGGUGAUCUUCUUUCAAGUAGCAUUGACCGUACAGCAACACUCCGAAAGACAGCAUCUGAAAAUUCACAAAGAAUUAACUCUCUUAAGAAGAUACUGACUGAGCUGAAGAGUGAUUUCAACAAGCACACAGAUAGAUUUUUAAGCUUAGAAAGCGACAGAGCUAAAGUGCUAAAGACAGUGACUUUUGCAAAUGAUCUGAAACCAAAGGUGUAUAAUCUAAAGAAGGAUUUUUCUCGUUUGGAGCCAUUGGUAAAUGAUUUAACACUACGCAUUGGAAGAUUGGUUACUGACUUACUACAAAGAGAGAAAGAAAUUGCUUUCUUAAAUGAAAAAAUAUCUAAUUUAACAACAGUUCGAGCUGAGAUUAAGGAUAUUAAAGAGGAAAUAACACACAUUUCUGAUAUGGAUGUUUGACAUUAUUUAGAUCAGACUGAGAUAACUUUUUUAAAAAACAGGACCUCUGUUAUGUUACUCAAAGACUGGUAAGUCAGAAAUAAUGAUAU